AUGCUCACAUCAACGAAGCUUGGCUCUUUGAGAGCCCUGGGCUCAUGUAGAGCCCUUGCGAUCUUGGCUGCGGUUUUAACUUGCGGCCAACAAGGCUUGUCCUUCAAGCUGUCGGAGGCCCCGAUCCCGUUGGCAGGUUCCGAGGAGAACGCGACCAUCCGGCAGGCUGUGGAGGAAGCCGUUUCUGACCGCUUGGAACGGGACAUGGAGGACAUCAACAACAUCUCAAACCCGACGAUGGAGAACCAAAGUGAUUCUACGGAGGGACUUGGCCUCGCCAAGAACUUGGAGUUCCUUCUCGUGAAGGUCGCACAGCUCGAGGCGAUUGCUGAGAUGCAGCAGGCCCAGGCAAACAGGCAGCAAAAGAAGAUCGACUUGCAGCAAAAGGAGAUCGAUUCUCUCAAGGCCCAAAUCGGCAACCACGAGUCCCCAGAGGGUGAGGCCCUGCUCGAGACUGAGGAAGAAGAUGCACAAACGCGGUUGAAGGAAGCCCAGGAAAUCGUCAAGAGCGUGUUUCUCAAACACCAUCGUCAGCGAGAGAAAGGUGGCUUGGCUGGAAACCUGAAGCACCGAAUUGGUUUGCCGAAGCAGUUUCAGUUGCUUUUCCACGUGGGCUGGGAGCUCACAAGCAGCUGCCACGGCCAUCACAACCACGUCGAGGUGACCAAGUGCCUUGCCAGAUCACUCAGGAAGUAUCCAGGGGAUCUUCUGCCCGAUAUGGUGAAGAAAGUGGCCGAUGGCAAAGCCUUUGACCUUAUGCCCCGUCAAAUGCAUAUUCUUUAUCACGUGGGCUGGGAGUUGGGUCUCAGCUGCCACGGCAAUCACAACCACAUCGAGGUGACCAAGUGCCUUGCCAAAUCACUCAGGAAGUACCCCAGCGAUCUCCUGCCCAAUGAAGUGAGAAUUCUCGAGCAUGUGGGCUGGUGGUUGGCUGGCAAUUGCCAUGGCCAUCACAACCACGAGACAAUAAUCAGGUGCCUUGCCAGCGGACUUGGGAGGUACAGUUCGCCAGUGGAUUUCCUGCCCGACCCGUUGAAGAAAGUUGCUGAUGGCAAAGUCUUCGAUCUCCUACCCGAUCCCUUGAAGAAAGUUGGUCAUGGCAAGGUCUUGGAUCUUCUGCCCAAUGAGUUGAAGACAGUUGCUGAUGGCAAAGUCUUUGAUCUUCUUGGGGAUAAGGUGAGGAAAGUUGCUGAUGGCAAAGUCAUGGACCUUCUACCUGAUCAACUGAAAAUUCUGUUUCACCUCGGCUGGGAGUUGACUCACACCUGCCGUAGCCAUCUCAACCACAUCACGGUGUCGAAGUGCCUUGCCAGCUCACUUGCGAAGUUCAGUCCCCCACUGGACUUCCUGCCCGACCCGUUGAAGAAAGUCGCCCAUGGUAGCAUUUUGGAUCUCAUGCCCCAGCCGGUGCAGCUUCUGGCGGGUGGGGAAGGCAGUUCCGUGAAGACCGUGCUCACAAUGGGCAACGAGCUCGCGAAGUGUGAGAAUCCGAACUCGCAAGAGGAGCUCGUCCAGUGCCUCGGCUUCAGGAUCAUCUCGAGCGUUCCUCCCCUGAACUUCUUGAACCGUUUGGGGGACAUUUUCGCCGAGUUCGUCGGCACCUUUGCCAAGGUAGCCUCGGCCGUGGCCACCCAAGCCAUGAAGGGCGGCCAGUCGCUGCUACAGGAAGCCUUUUCCACCGACUUCCCAAAAGCUGGUGCCCCGGCCGUGCUGCAUCAUCAGACGCCCAACUUCGUGAUCAGAAAGCACUCGCAGAAGGCCCCCAGAAACGCCGCUCUCUUGCAGGAGCUGGGUGACGACGAAGAGCCUCCGGCCACGGUAGGUUGGAGCCUUGACGACCACGGGCCCGAAAUCCGCGAGUUGGUCACUCAGUUCGAUGGCCGAGAGACUUCGACUGGUUCCUGCUUGGCCUUCGCACCCAGGAACAAGACCGGGAGCAACAACCAGGCGACUCAACAGGACUGGCAGGCGGCAAGCAAGGACGACUUUGUGAAGCUGGAGCCUUGGGCAGUUCCCUGCACAAACACCUGGAUGAAGGACAACUGGAAGAAGUGGCAAGGCUAUUCCUUCUAUACCUCGGACAUGCAGAUCGAGAGGUGUGUCACGGUGAGUUUCGGUCUGGACAUGCAGCCCGUAGUUGCUUUCGUUGGCGGCAUCCAGUUCAGUUUGCUACCGGGGCCCCUGGCCGAAGUGAAUACCCAAGUCUGCUGGCCCAAGACUCAGCCGGGUGGCCUCGACCUGAGCGUCCUGCGAUCCGAGAUCAAGUCCAACGGCAUCCUCCUCUUCAGCCGGACACUGCGCCUGACCAAGCGCUUCGGGGAAGACACCGACUUCACUUCGGCCAACAUCAACGGAGGCCACCAAACGGCACAGACCUACUUCUCCGUGUCUGAGGCAGCAGAUGCGGAGAGUGGAACCGGCAUAUCCUCCAUGAAGCGAUCGGCCUCUCUCCUGGAAGGCAACCGCAGCAUCCGCGGCCGCGGUGGCGGUGCAAAGAAGGAGAAGUCGCUGUACUGGAAGUCGGAAGACGCGGAUUUCUACGUGGCCUCUGUCGACUAUGGCCUGGACCUGGGCGUCAACACCACGUCGGAAUCGCAGGGAACGGCGGCCGAGGAGUUGCUCCGCGCAAGCGAGGAGAGAGAGGAGACAUUCAAGCUCUUUAGCUUCAAAAACUCCGGCACCGUGAAUUUCGAAGUCAAGGGCCUGCUGUCGGGGAACUGGCUUCAGCUUGGAUUGCAGAUGGGCUUUGGACCCUAUCAGAGCCCUGAGCAGGUCAUCCCCCUGGUGAACAUCGUGGACCAGUUUGCUUUAAUCCUCAUGGCGAUGCCAGAUGAGCUCGUGUCUUUGCAGAGUCGAACUCGGGCCAUAGCCGCACUGAAGGACUUCUCGCGAGGGGAUGUCCUAGAGACACAGCGCAAGGCUAAGGAGAACAAAGCGGAGGAUGACAAGGAAGGCUGGUCCUUCGACGUCAACUCGCCUCCGGUCAGCUCGGGCAGGCAGCGCCCUAUGCCUGACCAUGGGUGCUGCUUGCUACACAACCACCACUACCACAACAUCAACUACGACCACCACGACAACAACCACGACGUCAACAAGCACCACGACAACAACCACCACGUCAACGAGCACCACGACAACGACAACCACGUCAACGAGCACCACGUCAACGAGCACCACGACAACGACUACCACGUCAACGAGCACCUCGACAACGAGCACCUCGACAACGACCACCACAUCAACAACAACCGCGACAACGACCACCUCGACGACGACCACAACAACAACUUCAACUGUCACUACUUCAACUGUUACCAUCACCAGUACAACCACAACCACCAUAACCACCACCACUCUGGUGCCGAUACCACCUGA